CGUUGAAAAACCGUUAAUGGCGCCAUGUAUGACAAAGUCACAGCGAAGCAUAAGUUGGAAAAUAUUUUUUAAAAAAAAUAAGAAGGAUACAUAAGAAGAGAGAGAAGAAAAGGGUGUAAAUAAGAAAGGGGAAUUGGGCGGUUGAAGGGGAAAAGUUUUGGCAGAUGAUAAGUCGUCUUCUUGCUUCUACGUUCCAACCUCUCUGUAACCCCACUUUUAUUUUAUUUUUCCAAUCUCAACAUUCUAUCUUAAUUCUCAUUAUCAAAAUUUCUUAAAUUCUUCUGUACCUACUUGUUCUGUAACCACCAUCAUUAUCGACUAAUAAAUUUUAUAUAUAUACUCAUAAACACGUUAAUUCCAUAUAUAACAGUAACAUUGUUAUUCUUUGUUUCUCAAGUUUUUCUCUGCAUUUUCCUCACAAAGAUUAAGGGAAUUCGAGGAUUUUCUGUUACUCUGAAGGAAGAAAAUAUUGAUUAAUUUUGCCUUCUGUCUGUAGAAGAAACAGAGAUUCAAUGCCUGAAUUUGCCAUGGAUGGAUCAAUUGUUGAUGGAAAUCAGAAAGAACCUAAUGGCCAUUUUCUACCUCACAGAGAAAUUUUCGAUCAGGGGUCUCCGAGGAGUCCGUUGAGUACACAUAGUCGCGAAACAGAGUCGAUUGAUCUGGAUAUAAAUGGGGGUGUUGAUACUUCAAUUGAACAACUAUACAAUAAUGUGUAUGAAAUGCAGAGCUCCGACUAUUCUCCUUCGAGAAGGAGCUUUCUAUCGUAUGGUGAGGAAUCGAGAAUUGACUCUGAGUUAAGGUACCUUGCAGGGGUAGAUUUUGGUGAAUUGGAUAGUAAAAAAGGGCUUUCUGAGCAUGAUAAAGUACACAAUGAUGAGAAGUUGGGAAAAAUUAAAACAUAUCCAGCAAGUCCCAAAUCUGUUUGGUCUGCAAAGGGAAAGAAAUAUUCUCCAUCGCAAACUGAUUCUCCAAUAUCUAACAAGCCACCAAGAUCAAGGAGCAAGUCUUUUAAUGAAAAGCCUUCUCCGAAGAGAUUUGGGAAUUUGAAAAAGCUCAAUGCAACUAUGUCCAUGAAGAAUGAGAAGAAUCCGAAUGCAAAUGAGGAUUCAUCUAAGGCAGGGUAUUUAGGACCCUAUUUACUUAAACAAGCCAGGGAUAUGAUUUCAACAACCGGGGAAAAUGUUCAAAAGGCUCUUGAACUAGCCCUUCGAGCCAUGAAAUCGUUUGAGAGUUCUUCAAAGGGUAAGAGCAGUUUAGAGUUUGUUAUGUGUUUGCACGUUGUAGCAGCGUUAAAUUGUCGAUUAGGGAAGUACAACGAGGCAAUUCCGCUGUUGGAGCGAUCAAUUGAAAUUCCUGACUUGGAUGUGGGACAAAAUCAUGCACUCGCAAAAUUUGCAGGGUGCAUGCAGUUAGGUGAUACAUAUGCAAUGCUCGGACAGUUGGAGAAUUCGAUACUGUGCUAUACUGCUGGCCUGGAAAUUCAAAGGCAAGUUCUUGGAGAGAAAGACACGAGAUUUGGCGAGACUUGUAGGUAUGUGGCUGAAGCACAUGUUCAAGCUAUGCAAUUUGAUGAGGCUGAGAAGCUUUGUCAGAUGGCACUUGACAUUCAUAAGGAGAAUAAUUCAUCAGCCUCUCCAGAAGAAGCUGCUGACAGAAGACUCUUGGGGCUUAUCUACGAUUCGAAGGGUGACUACGAGGCUGCUCUUGAGCAUUAUGUUUUAGCAGGCAUGGCCAUGGCAGCUAAUGGCCAGGAAGCUGAAGUAGCGUCCAUUGACUGCAACAUUGGUGAUGCAUAUUUAUCUAUGGCACGGUAUGAUGAGGCUAUAUGUGCUUACCAAAAAGCUCUUACUAUGUUCAAGUCUACCAAAGGAGAGAACCAUCCUUCAGUUGCAUCGGUCUAUGUACGUCUGGCUGAUUUGUAUAACAAGAUAGGAAAAUUCAGGGAGUCCAAAUCAUACUGUGAAAAUGCACUUCGGAUUUACACUAAGGCCGUCCCUGGAAGCCAUCCAGAAGAGAUUGCAAGUGGUCUUGUCGAUGUAUCUGUGAUCUAUGAGUCGAUGAACGAACCUGAUCAGGCGCUCAAGUUGCUUCAGAAGGCCAUAAAAGUGUAUGGAAAUGCACCAGGACAACAGAGCACUAUUGCAGGAAUUGAAGCCCAGAUUGGGGUCUUGUACUAUAUUCUGGGGGAGUAUAUGGACUCGUACGAUUCCCUGAAAACUGCAGUAUCGAAAUUCAGAGAAAUUGGAGAGAAGAAGUCUGCAAUUUUUGGUAUUACUUUAAACCAAAUGGGACUUGCAUGUGUACAGCUUUAUGCAAUUAAUGAGGCUGGGGACCUAUUUGAAGAAGCAAGGAUAAUUUUAGAGACUGAAUGUGGACCAUAUCAUGCAGAUACAUUAGGAAUCUAUAGCAAUCUUGCUGGAACUUAUGAUGCUAUGGGCAGGACGGAUGAUGCAAUUGAAAUCUUAGAAUUUGUCGUCGGAAUGAGGGAGGAGAAACUGGGGACAGCAAAUCCUGACGUGGAUGAUGAGAAGAGGAGAUUAACUGAGUUGUUAAGAGAAUCAGGGAGAGUGAGGAGCAGGAAAUCAAGAUCCCUGGAAACACUUCUUGGUAACAUGUCUCAUAUUUUCCUCCAGGAUCAAGAGAUUGAUAUACUAGAAAGAUGAAAGAAUAAGGUCUUUGUUGUCAUGUUGGGGCAUCAACCUUUUUGUACAUUUGGAUAAGACAAACUAGGAAAAUAAAAUUGUCUUAUUUGGGCAAUGAGGAAUUGAGAUCCUCCUGCUUGUGGUAUACGGUUUGUACUAGAAAUGAAUGUAAAGUUUUCAUUUUCAUUAUCAGAAUAAAGUCUCUCUAUCAAUUCGUUCUUUGUGUAUCUUGAAUGUUUAAUAUAAUCGUACACUUAAAUUCUCGA